AUGAACGAGGACGACGCCAUCCGGUCGGUCCAAGGCAAGAUCGAGCGCGAGAAGGCGCUGAUCAACGCCGCCAAUGCCAUGCGCCAGUCCACCAACAACCCCGCCGUGCUGUCCCGCCUCGAUGGCCAGAUACGCGAAGGCCGCCGCAACAUCGAAUAUCUCGAGGGCCGCGCGCAGGAGCUGCAGAUGCGGAGGGUUGGCACCGACGUAGAGAACUUGUCCCUCGGCUCCGGCAGCAACGGCCCGCCGUCGCCAGAGCAGAGGAGGAACCCGCUGCCUCCUCCACCGAAGGACUCCCCCGGCGAGUACGCCGAUGACGGCAACUACGGCCAACCUCCACCAGGAGGCUACAGCCAGCUCAGUGGCGGCCAGGUCCUGAUGCCUCCCAAGGCGCCGUAUGCCGCCCCUGGCCCGGGUCAGCCUCGUCAGCGUGCAAACUACAGCAAACUUGACUUGAUUAAAUACGAUACCCCGUAUCUGGGGCCACGGAUCCAACUGAUGCUGUCGCAGCUCGAGUUCAAGCUUAGUGUGGAAAAGCAAUACAAAGAUGGCAUUGAGAAAAUGGUGCGCCUCUACCAGAUGGAGGGUGACAGGAAGAGCAAGGCCGACGCCGAAGCCCGCCGGAUUGAGAGCAACCAGAAGAUCCAACUUCUCAAGCAAGCGCUCAAGCGCUACGAGGAUCUUCAUGUUGACAUCGAGGGCGGCGAUGGCCCCGAUGAUGACAGCCUCAACGUACCGAGCGCCAGAAAACCUCUUACCGGUCAUUUGACGCUGCGAGUCCAUCAGGUGGCCGAUGUGGAUCACGCUGCUACGGGCCGCUUUAGCCGGGGACCUGAGACUUUUGUUAUCAUGAAGGUCGAAGAUGUCUUCAAGGGACGCACGAAAGCUACGCGAAACGACAGGUGGACGGACGAAGUUCAUGAAUUCAGCAUUGACAAUGCCAACGAGGUUGAGCUGACGGUGUAUGAUCGAACCGGCGAUCACCCGCUUCCCAUCGGCAUGCUCUGGGUCCGCAUUUCUGACAUUGCCGAAGAGAUGAGACGAAAGAGGAUCGAGACCGAACUUAACAGCUCAAGUGCCAUGUGGGUUUCAGCAGACAAGAUGGGCGCAGGAGGCGGCGCUCAGCCUGAUAUGCAAUUCCAGCCUCCACCUGGACAGCCACAAGCUGCUAGCGGCCCUGGUGGGACUGGCGGUGGAUCUGGCCAGGGCAUGGAAGGUGCCGGCCCUCAGCCACAGACGGGUCCAAUUUUUAUCGAUGCGUGGUUCGCGCUUGAGCCCGUAGGCCGUAUUCAACUUACCCUGAGCUUCGCCAAGCAAAACAAGAACUCUCAACCGUUCGACAUUGGUCUCGGCCGCAAGGGCGCCAUUCGUCAGCGCAAGGAGGAGAUCCACGAGCAGUACGGCCACAAGUUCGUCCAGCAGCAGUUCUAUAACAUCAUGAGAUGCGCCCUCUGUGGCGACUUCCUCAAGUAUGCUGCUGGUAUGCAGUGCUCGGACUGCAAGUACACGUGCCACAAGAAAUGCUACCACAAGGUCGUCACCAAGUGUAUCACCCAGUCCAACGCAGAAACAGAUCCGGACGAGGCCAAACUCAAUCACCGCAUUCCCCACCGCUUCGAACCAUUCGCCAACAUGGGUGCCAACUGGUGCUGCCACUGCGGUUAUGUCCUUCCGUUUGGCAAGAAGCAGUGCAGGAAGUGCUCCGAGUGUGGCUCGACUUGCCAUGCGAACUGUGUGCACUUCGUCCCCGACUUCUGCGGCAUGUCCAUGGAGGUUGCCAAUCAGAUUCUGGCUGAGAUCAGCGGCGCGAAGAAACGCCAGACGUCAUCGAUCUCGUCGAUGGGCUCGAGGCAGCUGCGACCUUCUUCAGGUGGGGGUCCACGGCCAACCGGCCCGCACCCUUCAGGCUCUUUUGCGGAUUCGGUGCAGUCGGAAAGGCUAUCCUACGGAAAGGACUCCACCCUCCAGACCAGGACCUCUUACGGCCAAUCCCCGUCUUCACCAACCCAGCAACGGCCAACGACUGCCCCACGCACCCAAUCCACAGAUGCCACGAAAGCGGCAGCCAUAGCUCUUGGUCAGGCUCCGCCAGCUCCCGGACAUUACCAGAGGUCUUCGACCGACUACCAGCCCUCUUCUCCUUCGCGGUCAUCCGGAGGCUACCAGCAACAACCGACAUCGCCGCAGGCCCAAUCCCCACAGCAAUCCUCUUACAACCCGGCUGACUAUGCGGUGGUUAGCGGGUACCCCGUCGGAACUUACAACCAACCUCCGCAACAGCAGCAGUCCCCGAUACAGCAUCCGCCUAGGCAGUCGAGCUACCCACAGCCUGCGCCACCACCAACGCAGCCGCUGCCGCCUCAACCUGGGCAGGCGCCCCCACCGCAGGCCCCACCACAUGACCCUAUUGCUGUGCAGCCACCCAACCAGAAGAAGGAGCUCCCUCCCCACAACUACCAAGGCACUGGCAGGCGCAUUGGUCUGGACCACUUUAACUUCCUGGCCGUUUUGGGUAAGGGUAACUUCGGUAAGGUCAUGCUUGCGGAGACGAAGAGCAAUAAGCAGCUGUAUGCCAUCAAGGUUUUGAAGAAGGAGUUCAUCAUCGAGAACGACGAAGUCGAGAGCACAAGGUCAGAGAAGCGUGUGUUCUUGAUCGCGAACAAGGAACGUCACCCCUUCCUGCUCAACCUGCACGCGUGUUUCCAAACGGAAACCCGCGUUUACUUCGUCAUGGAGUACGUCAGCGGUGGUGACCUGAUGCUUCACAUUCAGCGUGGCCAGUUUGGUACCAAGCGAGCACAGUUCUACGCGGCCGAGGUCUGCCUUGCGCUCAAGUACUUCCACGAGAACGGUGUCAUCUACCGUGACUUGAAGCUUGACAACAUUCUUCUCGCGCUUGACGGCCACAUCAAGAUCGCGGAUUACGGUCUUUGCAAAGAGGACAUGUGGUACGGGUCGACGACGAGCACGUUCUGCGGCACCCCUGAAUUCAUGGCACCUGAGAUUCUUCUCGACAAGAAGUAUGGCAGAGCAGUAGACUGGUGGGCUUUUGGUGUUCUUAUCUACCAAAUGCUGCUCCAGCAAUCGCCGUUCCGUGGUGAGGAUGAGGAUGAAAUCUACGACGCCAUCCUUGCGGACGAGCCGCUGUACCCGAUCCACAUGCCGCGAGACUCGGUCUCGAUCCUGCAGAAGCUCCUCACCAGGGAGCCGGAGCUCCGUCUUGGCAGCGGGCCGACUGACGCACAGGAGAUCAUGAGCCACGCGUUCUUCAGGAACAUCAACUGGGAGGACGUGUACCACAAGCGCAUCCCUGCCCCGUUCGUGCCGGCGAUUUCGAGCGCAACGGACACGAGCAACUUCGACCAAGAGUUCACGAGCGUCACGCCGGUUCUCACGCCGGUACAGUCAGUGCUUUCGCAGGCGAUGCAGGAAGAAUUCCGGGGGUUCUCGUACUCGGCCGACUUUGUUUGA